GAAUUUCUAGUGAGGAAAUUCUUGGGCUUUAUCUUCACGAGACUUCCUGAUAAAUUGGAAUAUAAACGCAUGUUGGUCGGCCUCCUGGUACAUCUCGUAACCUGUGGCUACGUUGUUCCUGUUGUCCAGUCCAUGCGACGAAUGUUUGCUCUUAAUCGCAUUGAUGUUUCACUUGUCCGACACUUUGUCACUGAGAAUUAA